AAAAAAAAAAAAGCCACCGACUGGGGCAACUUUGCUUGUUUUUGUUAACACUCCCCUGAAAGUUUAAAACAGUCUCAUAGACAGAAGACGACGGAGUCAUUUCUUUGGGGCAGACAUGGAGCUUUGGUCGAGUUUGUCCUCCGGAGCCAAGUUGGGAAAGAAGGUGAAAAUGGAGAGCCCAGCUGAGUGAGAGAGUGGGGUGAGGAGGCUGGCUUUGGGAGUCCUGCCCUGCUGCUAGCGGGCUACUUAGCAUGCUCACACUCUCCUUCUCCGCUUCCCUCUGCCGUGUGUCUCCAGCCUGCGAGUCUCCAGGGGAGCUGCUUCAUCUGUGGCAAGACCGCUGCUGACAUUGCAGCUUUUCCCCGAUGGAUCGAAGUAUAGUUGAUGAUCUUAUUUUCCGUUGAACUUCGGCAAGAGACCCAAGGAUAACUUUGCAUUUCUCCUAAAGGCGCCACGUACUUAGGCUUGUUUUAUAGACGCCUUGUGCCCCCGGGGCAAAACCACUCCCCCUCCCCUCCCUGAUCAAUCAUUUUUCUACUGUGAGCAUCCGUACUGGCUGUGCUUGUGUAAGCUUCCCUGCAUAUUGCGCCGGCUGAGAUGGGGCCCCAGUAGAGGGUCUUCAACGGGGCUCGAGGUACCUCCUGCCAGCUGACGGUGCAGCCAAGUGUGAGACCCUCUGGUUUGGGCCUGUUGAAGUACCUUGAAAAAGGCAGUUCCCACUUAAAGGACUCGGGACAGAAUGUAUUCAUGAACUCUUGGUGGAUUUUCAAAGUGGACUCCGUUGUAUUCGUCUGCUGUGCUUGCUGAUGCCAGCGCGUUGGGACUCGAGUGGGUGUGAUCAGCUUUAUUCAAGAGCCCCGGGUCCCGGCGCGGGCGCGGCCUGGAUGUUGGAUGUCCUGAGCGCGUGGGGUCGGCUGUUGCGGUGAUGAGGCAGGGCUCCUGGUGGCCUGUGUGGCUGGCUGGGCAGCGGCCCCGGCUGAUGUGAUGGGGUGCCGGAACAGCAAGGUCCUCCCUGAGCCUCCAGGGGACGUUCAGUUGGACCUGGUCAAAAAGGUUGAUCCUCCCCCUCCUCCUCAGACUGAUAUCUAUAAGCACUUCAUACGAGGGGAUGGCACUGGGAGCAAGAUGGGUGUGGCUGGUGGAGGAGCUGGAGCGUGUGAAAAGGCCGACUUCGCCUUCCCGCAUCAGGCUCAGGCGCAGGCUGCCACUCCCACCGCUUCGGCCCCGCCGCCGAAGGACCCCUCCGAACUGUCGGACCCGCAGCGGAAGAAGGUGGCAAAGUACCGAGCCAAGUUCGACCCCCGGGUCACGGCCAAGUACGACAUCAAAGCCCUGAUCGGCCGCGGGAGCUUCAGCCGGGUGGUCCGCGUGGAGCACAAGAGCACGCGGCAGCCGUACGCCAUCAAGAUGAUCGAGACCCGCUACCGGGAGGGCAGGGAGGUGUGCGAGUCGGAGCUGUGCGUUCUGCGCCGGGUUCGCCACACUAACAUCAUCCAGCUGAUGGAGGUGUUCGAGACGGCGGAGCGCGUGUACAUGGUGAUGGAGCUGGCCACCGGAGGAGAGCUCUUCGACCGGAUCAUCGCCCGCGGCUCCUUCACCGAGCGGGACGCCACGCGGGUGCUGCAGAUGGUGCUGGACGGCGUCAAGUACCUCCACACUUUGGGGAUCACCCACCGGGACCUGAAGCCCGAGAACCUCCUCUACUACCACCCCGGCGCCGAUUCCAAGAUCAUCAUCACCGACUUCGGUCUGGCCAGCAGCAGGAAGAAGGGGGACGAGUGUCUGAUGAAGACCACCUGCGGCACGCCCGAGUACAUCGCCCCCGAGAUCCUGGUGAGGAAGCCCUACACCAACGCCGUGGACAUGUGGGCUCUGGGCGUGAUAUCCUACAUCCUGCUGAGUGGGACCAUGCCCUUCGAGGACGACAACCGCAUGAGGCUCUACCGGCAGAUCCUCAAGGGAAAGUACAGCUUCUCUGGAGAGCCGUGGCCCAGCGUGUCCAACCUGGCCAAAGACUUCGUGGAGCGGAUCCUGACGGUGGACCCCAGCGAGCGGCUCACGGCCGGCCAGGCCCUCAAGCACCCCUGGAUCGUCAGCAUGGCGGCGGCGUCCUCCAUGAAGAACCUGCAGCGCUGCAUCUCCCAGAACCUGCUGAAGCGCGCCUCGUCGCGCUGCCACAGCACCAAGUCGGCGCAGUCCACGCGCUCCAGCCGCUCCACCAAGUCCAACAAGGCCCGCCGCGUGCGGGAGAAGGAGCUGCGCGAGCUGAACCGCCGCUAUCAGCAGCAGUACAACGGCUGAACUCUCACGGUGAAGAGUCGCCCAACUUCUGCGGCACCGCGUUUCCCAGAACAGUGCCGAGCCGCGAAGGUUACGUCAUCUCUCCAUCCAUUCCUUCACUUUGUUUUUUUUUUUUUUUAAAUUCCUUCAACCUGGAUGGUGCCUUCCACUUCUUUUCCUCGUGUUCUUUCAAUCCCUGUGUCGCUACGUAUUUAUUUAUUAUUGUUGUCGUGAUUAUUAGUCUUCUUACAAACGGUCACUGGAUAAUGACCUUCCACAAGGAUCUGUUGAGCAGAGUUCUGGAUGCUGACAUUUCUACCAAAAAAAAAGAAAAAAGAAUGGAUUCUUUACAGGAGGAACCAAAAAAAAAAAAAAAACAACUCUUCCCUCCUUGAUUCAUUUCUGAUGGGGAAAAAAACAAAUUGCUGUGAAUUUCUUGUUGUACUAUUUGUGCGGACCGUGUCUUCAGAUGUGGGGAAUCAUAUCACACUGCUCUAUAAUUGCACCCUCCACGGCCAAAAUGAAGGCGUGUUCCUGUCGUCUAAGCUUUCCCGAUCUUGCCAUUAUUUCUCCGUUUGUGCUCUAAAAACCGGUUUGAAUGAUUGUGAAGCUGUUUGGUUGUCUGUGUUUAAACCUGAAUGUGUCGUGUUUGGUGAAAACAAGCCCCAUGUCCGGAGCGCCAGUGAUUCUACUUCCUGUUACUGCAGUAAUUCGUUGUGCUGCUGCAGAAUGUAGCCAUCAAGUUUCCUGUUGGUUACAACGGCACAUCUUUCUUUGUUGUUGGAGCAGAAAUCCUGAAGAGGGAAGACUUUACACAAUUUAAAUAAUCUUAACUCAGUUUGUUACAGUUUGAUCCAGGAUACUUUCUGCUUUCCUUACUAAAUGUUUUCAUUAAUAUAGAAGCAGUAAUGGUUCAGGAUCACAGCACAGCUUCUUCACCAGACACUUCAUCGAAAACAGGAAAAGCUCGAUGCACUUAAAUGUCUCUCUGAGGUUUGAAGAUUUGAAAUUAAGAUCCUACAGUUUAUAUAACAAACUUAUGAUAUUUUAAAAUAAAAUAACCUCCCUGUGUGUAGAUUGAUGCCUGUUGUUCCAAAAAAGCCAUGGUAAAUUAAAUUUCCACAACUUUCCACGGUGAAAGUGAGAAAACAGCAAGUUGCUUCAGUGGACUCUCAAAUCUUUAUCGGAAGUCUGAGAUAAACACCUUUCCCAUUUCAUUACCCUGUGUCUACCGGCUCACGAGUCGUGUCACUCCUUUAGUUUGAAGAGUUUUUACCAGAAAAUGUAUAAACUAAUGUAAUAUCAUUUCUCUUUGUCUUUAUAAGUGCAAUACGUCAUGUUUUCGUCUUUAUAAAUAAUCAGCCAAAAGUGUUAAACGGUUAAAUCAGAACAUUUUGGACGUUUUUAAUGGGAGUGAACCUCAUGUUCAGCCCUACUGCUCAUCCCACAGAUGCAUACAAUUUGCUUACAAUUUGGCAGCAUAUUUCUGUGUGAUAAAAUAAACCGAGCUCGGCUCUUGUAUAUGAUUUAUUUCCAUGAAUUCAGUGAUGUGUGAUAACACUUUCAAAUCCAACACCAUCCUGCCGGAAAAGGGCCCGAAAAAGUGAAAAAAACUUUAAUUUUAAUGAG